AUGGCGGCGCUCAGAUGCCUGUGUAUGCUUGUGUUAGUUUCUCUGUGUCUAGGAGAGACCCCGACCGUGCCCCCAAAGUAUGUGGUUGACCUUGACUUAACUGAGGAGCAAAGAUGGACGCAUGUGGUCAAGGAUUAUCCUGAGCUACCUGAAAUGAUCCAAACCGUAAUCAAGAAAUAUGUACCUGAUGAUCUGGUGUCCAUGGUGGAGCAAAUUGGAUCAGCCAUUGAUGAUUACCUACCGAGUCCAUACGCCGGGGAGAUCAGAGGAAUUGCCAAAGCCUUGAAUAUGACGUUGGGCGAAGCGGUGAUCCCAAACAUCCUCUACGAUCUGACAUCGUUCUGUACUAGUAUCGUGGCUCAAGACUUGAGCGGGAACAUCUGGCACGCCCGAAAUCUGGACUACAGCUUUACCGAUAUGCUCCGCAAUAUCACCAUCAUAGUGGACUUCCAGAGACAGGGAAAGAUUGUAUAUAGCGGUGUUACAUAUGCGGGUUACGUGGGGUUGUUAUCCGUCCAAAAACCAGGGGCUUUUACCAUCACAGCGGAUGAGAGAGACAAAGGGGCCUGGUGGAUGAAUUUGCUGAUCGGGAUAUUCGACAAACAGGCCAAACCCAUGAGCUUUCUUGUCCGUGAUACUACAGAACAGGCUGAAGAUUUCCAGUCUGCAGUUCGUCAGCUCUCCUACACAGUUACAGAAGCCUCUGUGUAUUACAUCAUAGGCGGAGUAAAGAAAGGGGAAGGAGCGGUGAUAACGAAGGAGAGGCUGAGUGCCCUGGAUACCUGGUAUAUUGACUCGACGGUGGGAAGAUGGUUCGUCUUGGAAACAAACUACGACCAUUGGGUUACGCCACCAACGAGUGAUGAUAGACGAGACCCAGGGAUUAAGGCCAUGAAUGCUAUGGGGAACAAAACGAUCACGGUGAACUCGCUGUUUAAAGUAUUGUCAACUCAACCAGUCCUAAACCCGACAACCACCUACUCUGUGGUUAUGAGCGCCGGUCAACCUGACCUACUCACAGCCUGGGUUAGACACCUGGCACAUUGAUGGCACCUUGAUGAUGAUUACGCCCGGAUACUAUUGACGGACAUGACACCCAAUGGUAUUGUUAUAGAUAUCAUUGAAUGCACAUGGUAUAUAAAACAGUUUUAAUUAGAAAAUCAGGGGACCAAACGUUAAAGUGUUAUUUAUAGCUCAGACAUGAUUUGCGAUCAAUCCAGAAUGCAUAAUAGUCAAAAGAGUGUAUAUGUGUAUCUGUUAAAAUUGUCAGUUGUAAUUGUAAGUCUCUAGCAACAUGACUGCAUGUCUUCUGUGAUAAUGUUGCAUUUAACAGUGAAUCAAAGUACAGAUCACACAUCACACAGAAAUGAGUACAUCAAAAACAAAAUCUGCCCUUUGCAGGACACGAGAACUACAAAAAGUCACACAGAAAUCGAUACAAGAGAAGUAAAAAAUGUAUCAUUAAGAGUGACACAGCAAAUGCAUUUAAAACAGUGGAACGCAAAAAUUUCAUAGGGUACGCCGAAUACAGCUUGGCCAAGACUGCAUGAAAUCGACACAGCAUAGGUAAAAAGAUCACAGAGAAAAUGAAACAGGAAAAUCAAAGGAGCACCAAAAAUAGAAAAGGAGAAGUUCAGGUUACAGGACUCAUCUGAUGUCGGUGCCCUGGUCGCAAUUGUCCGAUAAAAUUAUCCAGCAGGUUUUAGUGAGGCUACUGGUAAAAAAAAUAUAUAACUUCAAAAAUUCAGAUGUAAAUGCGCUUGUGAAUUCAGUUUCUGGAAUAAUACUAAUAAUAAUUAGUUCCAGGUCCUAACUGCCGUUCAAGUCUGUGGCACCAUUGUGUUGCCAUUGGUUACCAGAAGUAUGGAUGCACUUUGUCUUGAUAUAAUGCUCUGCAUAUAUUGUCAAUGUGAUCGCACUACAUUGUGGUUACUGUACAUUAUGCAAAUGACUGUUAUACAUUUUUCCCAUGCAAGUAUAGCCGUACGAGAAAUUGUACCGUUAUGUUAUAGAAAUCGCGUAAUAGUAAUGCCGCAGCAAAGAUGAAAGUGGGACUCCUUUUCAAAUUCUUUCUGCUUGAACGACUGAGAACCAACGUAUACCUCAUGCAUCUAUGUACAACUUCUGAUAUAAAUCAAUCAUUGCCUUCACCAUCUGUUUCACUUUUGUAAUCAAAACAUUUGCCAAAUAUUUAUAUAUAUGGGUUAGAUUUUAUACCAGGUGAUAUCGCGGUAUAUCUGUGUUCAUAUUUUUUAAAUUAUGUGAAUUCACCGUAAAAGUUAUAUAUGAUGCAAAUUUUAAUGCAAGCUCGUCAUAGACUAUACUACAAAUCAUACCUUUAUUUCAUGACUUGUCAGCUGACUCUAUAUAAAAUAUUGGUGACGGCAGUACUUUCUAUAUAUUUGUAAUGUAAUUCUAUCUCUUUGUUGAUGCAAGGUUAAAUAUACCGGUACGCUGUCAGCUAUUUUUCAAUAAAAAGAUUUUUGCAUUGAAUG